GACGUGGAGUUCGUCGAGACCAGUGCGCCGAGUGCUCUGAAGGCUCAAAGCCACACUGACGCGAAGAUCGCGGAGGCCAGCCUCCCGAGCGCAAGCAAAGGCCCCGGCGGCCCAAGCUGUGUUCAGCGUGCAGUGGAUCCGCUUCGUGCACUACUCGCGCAGCAGACAAAUCUGCAAGCUCCGCGGGCUUCCCGAGGUUCAACGGCCGCAUCUCAACGAGCCGGUGACUCGGAACGCUCGAAGCCGCACCCUCUGGCAGCCCUUUUCGACAGCGUGGCCCGUUGUGGGCCAAAGACUGCUGAGAAGGUCGCUGCAAGGGUUGAGGCUCAAGGCCCUCUUGAAAGGCAGAUUGAGGAGGAGAGGCAUCGGGACCAUGUCUGGCUGUGGGCCUUCGCGGGCGUGCGAGACGGCCGCGGCCUCCUCUUGCGAAUGCGUCGACAUUAUGCUGCGCUCCCCCAGUUGCUGGUGAAGCUCUUGGGUACUGCAAGAUCUCCGCACCGAUCUCCAGAAGACCUCCUAGAGGUGUUCGAGGACAUUAUGCUCUCCACAGCAACUGGAGAGCAGCUGAGCUUUAAAAAAUUGGAGGAGUUGGCCAAGAAGGGCUUCCACAUCCCGAAGCCCCUCACGCUGCUGGAGGCUGACAAACCUGUUUGUGUGUAUUUGGCCGUGGCGGGUGCCGAGCUCGGCCGCAUAAUGGCCACAUGGCCAAACGCGCAGGAGGCUGUGGAGACGUGGUGGAUCGCGUUCGCACACCGCCUCGCACCGCAAGGGGCCGCCGAGCUGCCCGAGCUGCAGCAAUGGAUGCACGGCGUCGCCUUCGCU